CCUCGCAGUGUGAAGAAGGCGUUAAAGAGUUGAGAAGAUACAAUCAAACUGUCUUUCUGCCGACUGGUUCUCCAGAAGAGAGAUGUUCAGACUCUCACAGCACCAGAUAAAACUCCCUUCCCAGUUGCUCGGAGGCUCAAUUCAAGAAGACAUGGUUUCUUUGAGGCCUAUACUUUGAGUGGCUUGUGGUAUAUCCAGAAUUUGGCUUCCUUCUCACGUGUAGCAUGUUUCCAAUAUACUGGACAGGCUGGAAAAGAUAGGUGCCCAGUGUUCAAGUCUAUCAAGAUCCAUCUGGCUCUUGAGCCUAUCUUGGAGGGUAUUAGCUAUUCUUGCCUGCUGAGACAUACAAUGCUUUGACAUACAUGGAACGGAGUGAUUGACACACCCAACUCCGUCCCGGUCCUUUCGCACGAUGCUGCUGUUGCUCAUCACCCUUUCUCUGAGCUGGAGUCAGAUGCCCACGAGUGGAGAGGUGGUGGGUUCCUUUCAAGACCAUUGUCCUCAGUUUUUCCUCCGAGAAACCCCACCACUUAUCAGGCUCCCUCCGCGCCCUGUCCGCAUUUGCCAGCGUUACCAAAACUUGUAUCGUUUCGCCACUUUGUAUGAUAAAGACAAUCGCAUCCCAGUCUAUUCGGCGUAUGUCUAUAACCCUGGGCAGGCUAAGAGACCCAAAAAAUGGAUGGUGGAACCUCAGCUCAUCAAUUCCACAUUCCAACGUGAAAUGGAAACGGAAGGGGACUUCCUGAAUAAAAAGGGCCCAAAAGAAGCUCUGUGUGACAGCCAAGCUAUCUUGAAUGAUUACAAGAACCUGACCGAUUGCAACAGGGGCCAUCUCAACCCAAAUGGACACCAGCCUAACUACAGUGCCAAGUCUUCCACCUUCACCCUGACGAACAUCGUCCCACAGUUCAUAAAACUCAACGGCGGAGCCUGGAACAACUACGAGCAAACCACCAUGCUGCAGAUGACCAAAGGAUGCCAGGAGACUUUUGCGCUGGUGGGCGCGGUGCCAGGAGACACCUACAUAGCUGGAGGGAGGGUCAACAGGCCCAGCCAUAUGUGGUCUGCAGCCUGCUGCGUGAUAGACAACAAUCAUCUUCGAUCCUGGGGCAUCCUUGCCAGGAAUGACCAGAACGUGGUGCAAAAGUUCACUCUGGGCCAGUUGGAGGCUCAGCUCGCAGAGCUGUAUAAUGUAAACCGUGUCUCUCUGUUUCAUCGUGAUUGCCCCCGGCAAUAAAUUAUGUCCCUCUCUCUUCCGCAAAUGUGGCGGAUGCCAA